AUGAACGCAUCCCUUCUCCUUUAUCCUCACCUAAGCACCAGGGCCUACCUGCUCAGCCUGGUGGCAUCUCUGGGAAGAAAGAAGAAGAAGAAAAUGUGCGCGGCUGUUCUACCUUCGCCGCUUCUCGGACUCCCCGCGGAGAUUCUCGAUUCAGUUGCGUCGCAUUUGAGCAACCGCGACCGCAAGAGCCUUCGUCUCACAUGCAGGGUUUUCGGCCAGCGCGUGCUGCUGCAGAUUGGUCGCGUCUUUCUUUCGGCGAACCCACGCAACAUCGAGGUCUUCAGGGCCAUCGCAGACCACGAAAUCUACAGAAAAAAGGUGGCCGAGUUGAUCUGGGACGACGCCCGCCUGGAUCCUCCUCCGGAGCCACCUCGUGCGUACCGAUGCGAGCACAGGGCUCAUCACAUCGAACCCUUCUGGCAACAAUGGUACCAGGACAUAUGUGACAGAAACAGUGAAGGCGCUCUUUCAAAACAAGAUAUUGAGACCCCAAACCGGGCUGCACGGGCGAGUUGGAUUGCCGCGCAGCCCCCUAUCGAAGACAUGUGGAAUCACUACAAAGAGCUCUAUGGGCAGCAGCAAGAGAUUAUGAAGACUUCGGAUGACGCCUUGGCGCUCCGGUAUGGCCUUGAGCGCUUUCCGUCGCUUACGCAAAUUACUCUUACGCCCGCCGCUCAUGGGGUGCCGUUCAAGCCUCUCUACCAAACUCCUAUGAUUCGUGCUCUCCCGUACGGCUUCAACUAUCCUAUCCCUCGUGGCUGGCGAUGCAGCGAGCCAAGCAGCAGGAUGAGAAUGACAGAAUGGUCGUCGGAUGAGAUAGAUGAGAGGGAGAAGAAUAGAUGGAGAGGCUACCGCAUCAUCAUUUGGACCCUGGCACGGAUGGACCACCACAUCACAGACUUUGUGGUUGACGUUGGUCUAUUAAACACAGGCCUAAACGCCCACAUGUUUAACCAGCCAUGUUCAGAACAGGAUGAUCUCGUCACGGUGUUGCUCAAGCCAGGAUUCCGGCGCCUCGACCUUGCUCUGAUCCUCAGCGGGCAGACAGACCUUGGGUUUCCCGCCUUUCGUAACCGCCAGCUCCAUGGUGCGCUCAGCCAGGCAUCGGAUUUAGAGCACAUCAGUCUGAGAACUAACAUGACGUACGACCUAGAGUUUGAUGAUUGGAUUGAUGAUGGCGAGGAACAGCCGUUCAUUCCGUUACUGAGCAUCUUCCCUGUCGAGCGCUGGCCGAGGCUCCGUCACUGGGGUCUUUCAGGUUUUAGCGUACGAAUGGAUGACCUGGUGGGCUUGCUAUCCCUGCUUCCAGAUACGCUGAGGUCCGUUGAGCUCAGCUUUCUCAAAUUCCAAGAAGGCCAUGGCUCGCACCGGGAUCUACUCUUUCAUUUACGUGACAACCUGGGCUGGCGUGGGCGGGACCCAGCUGACAGGCCUAAGGUCUCGAUGGGCUGGCAGGAGGACAACGUCUUCCGAGGAGAUGGAUACGCUGUCUGGGUUGAUGAAGAGGUCAACAAGUUUCUGUACGGUGACGGUGAAAACCCGUUUCUGGAAACAAACCCCGAGAUCAGAGAUGGCAUCGGGAUUCAAAAAUGCUACUUUGACCCGGAAUUCGAACGGCCAAAUGUCGACACUUUCGAGCUGAUGCGCAGGGGCUUUUUGAAGAAUGAAAUGAUAAUAUUGGGUGUGAAACACACGGUCCAGAGUUUUCUCGGCGAGGAAUAG